CCUUCCUGUUCUCUGUUUCUUACCGACCUGCCUGUCCAAAUUAUCCUCCUCGCAGGCAAUCCUCGGACUUUUGGUCUCGAAACCCGGCCCGGACGAGAGAGGUGCGCUAAUAUCGGCCACCCCUCGUAAGCGACGAUAUGGAUAUCCCCUUCAGCUCCGUUCCACCCGAAGAGGUGAUCUUCAUCUCACGACAACCACAGCCAGGCAACGGAUCCAAAACCUACAACGUAUUCAGUCUACGAGAGCGCGACGAGGUGGACGGACAGAAAUCCCAGUUAUUACGCGCUCAGACGGCCGAGGUCCCCCAGCCCUGGCUCGACGAGUUCUUGGUCGAGGAGGUUCCCGAGCACUUGCAGAGCGGUCCGUUGCGCCACGUUCACGUUGUCGUGUCGACACACUCCGGCACGGGGCUCGCCUUGGACUUUUACAACUCUGUUCUCCAACCCGUCCUGCAGAGCUGGGGUGUCUCUGCUUCAGAGCCCGCCACCGAUUUAGAGGAACGAUCCCGAACCCCGACGAAGCCAGGCACUUAUAACCUAGUUAUCACCCGGAAUGCUCACAGCCUGCGCGAUUUCGCACGCGACAUUCACCGCGCCGACAAGGAUGAUAGCGAAGCCACGGCGCCGCAGCAGACUAUCCUGCUCCUCAGUGGCGAUGGCGGGAUUAUUGAGAUACUUAACGGCAAGGCGGCGACCGAGGGUCCGGCCGCGCCACCUCAUUUGCCCCUGGUUGCGGUGCUACCCUUGGGUACGGGAAAUGCGCUUUUCCACUCUGUGCAUAAGUUCGUUCGCACGACGGGCCCGAAGCCCUCUGGCCUGGUCCAGGGCUUGCGCUCUCUGUUUACCGGCAAAGCCGCACCGCUGCCGUCCUUCAUAGCCGAGUUUUCCGCGGGCUCUCGUCUCGUCACGUACACGAGCCCCGACGAGCAGAGCUCCAGCCCAGACGCAGCGCCCGAGGGCCGCGGCGACGCCGUGUCGUCUCUGCGCGGCGUCAUCGUCGCCAGCUACGGCUUCCACAGCCAGCUGGUCUGGGAGAGCGACACGCCCGAGUACCGCAAGCACGGGGCCAAGCGGUUCGGCAUGGUGGCGCAGCAGCUGCUGGGGGAGAGCCACGCGUACGAGGCGGUGGUCGAGCUCACGGGGCGGGACGGUGCCGAGACGCGGACGCUCGGCGACGGCGGCGGCGGCGGCGGGGACCGGCACGCGUACGUGCUCGCGGCCAUGGUGUCGAACCUGGAGGCGACCUUCACCAUCUCGCCGGCGAGCGCGCCGCUGGACGGGAAGCUGCGGGUGGUGCGCUUCGGGGCGGCGGACGGGGCCCAGAUCAUGGAGGUGAUGCGGCGCGCGUACGACGGCGGCGCGCACGUCGGCAUGCGCUGGCGCGCCGCCGACGGCACCGAGCGGCGCGUCGCGUACGACGAGGCGCGCGAGCUCCGCGUCACCACCCGCGAGCGCGACCCCCGCUGGCGCAAGGUCUGCGUCGACGGCUCCAUCGUCGAGCUGCCCCCCGCCGGCCGCAUGACGGUCCGCACCGAGGACGCGGCCCACCUGCGCGUCCUGGUGCAUCGGUCGGUGGCGGUUGGGGGGUAGAACAGGCACGACAGGUGCAUAGAUAGGGAAUGAAAUGUGGCCUGGCCUUGUUGGUCAAUCCUUGAGUCUGCCGUCGUUCUAGGUUGGCUUUUACGGUGUG